CAGCAUCUUCGUAGAACAAUCAUUCUUGAUUUAUUCUAUUGCACAACUACCCAAGUAUGUUUGCUCCACAAAAGCAUUUCUCAAAAACCAUAUCAUCUUUCACACCUGGGACUACUCUUCAAGGCACUUCUUGGAACUACCGAAUCCUCAAACCCGUAGUGGGAGACAGCACACAUACAUCAACUGUCUACGAAGAGGUUAUUCCACAUGAUAAUGCACGGGACGUUCCUCAAACUCCCAAAAGGGCUCUGAUCAAAGUAUCCCCACCUGGCACCGUAACCGCACUAGAGAACAUGAAGCGUGAGCGACAUACCUAUCGCUUUCCUGGUGUAUCCUCUUCAGGGUGCUUCUGAAAGAUGUACGAUGAGAAUGACAGUAACACUAUCGCCUUGGAAUGGCUGGACACCACGCUUGCAGACGUGAAAUACCAGCCUAGCAUGCGUAGUAGCUACUCACUCAUCGUGGCUAUUCCGCCCUGUAAUUGAUCUUAUGUUCUUAUAAUAUAGUCGACUUCGAUGUCAUGUCCAUACUUCGUCGAUAUUUUC